CUCUCUCUCUCUCCCUCCCCGGAACUCAGCCUCUUCAGACGCGGUCACGGUGACGGGUUUGUUGUGAAGUGACGGAUGGUGAACUUCCCUGUGGUGGACUCUCUGAUGAACUGUAGCUGCUGUGCUUAUCAGAAACGACAUAAAGAGCCGAGUUUCCUCGAAGCUAUCAUGCUGAACACCGAGGAAAGUUCCUGGUUAGCGGGGUCUCGGUUACCCGGCUCAAACCCUCAGGCUCCGGGGCCUCUGUGGUGCUCCGAUGCCCCUCACCCACAACUAAAGAUCCCGGGUGGGCGAGGGACUGUAAGGGAUCACUGUCUCGGCGUGCUACUACACAAGGAUGAGAAGCUGACAGUGACACAGGGAGCGACUGUGAGUGGGAACCCUUCUCUUCUCCACUUCCACUACCAGCUGAGUGAACGCCACUCGGCCUCCUGGGAUACAGCUCUAUCUGAGGACAGCCUUUUCCUGGAGAUUCCUGCCGGGCUGCUGGCCGAGGGGAGCAAGGAGGGGCUUACUGCUCUGCUCGAGUUUGCGGAAGAGAAGCUCAAAGUUAACUAUGUGUUCCUGUGGUUCCAUAAAAACAGAGAGGAUCGAUUGUCCAUCAUCAAGACCUUCCACUACAUGGGCUUUGAGAUGGUGAAGCCGGGCAACCCCAUGGUACCAGCCCGGCCCGAUCUGGCCUUCAUGGUUUACUCUCUGGACAACAGCAGCUCCGAUGAGGAGUGACCGCCACAUUUUCUCCCGACACCUCCCUCGCCCACCC